CACACUUCCAGACUGUUUUGACAAGGUGUGGAGCUGAGUAUCCUGUGGAGAGGAAACAUUUCAAGAGCGUCCUAAACACAGCAAUAAACAAAGGUCACUGAUCGCCAUACAAGUGUGCGGUUUCUUCCAGGAUAUCAUCAUUACAUUUAUCUCUAACCGAAAGUCAUGAUGGGGAGAAAGACUCUGGACUUGUUAAACAUUUUCACGUUGCUCUUGGAGAGAAAUACGUGCAGACAGCGGCUGUAGGACUCAAACCUUUCUGAGUGACCCGAGACAACAUGUUUCUACCUGGAUGGUUCAUUUGGUGGGUUUCACUGACCAUACCCAUGUCAGCCUGUGGUUUGGAGGUUUCUGGACAUGACAGCGAUGAAGUCAUUUGCUCACAGGGUCUCUCUGAGUGCACCAUGAAGGAUGAGAUACCCUUUCUGCUGGAGAAUGAUGCUGUGGAUGUUUUAAACCUAAUGGCGUAUUUCAAGCUCUGCUCACAGAGCAGUGAGUCUUGUACAUUAUGUCUGGUGAUAGACAUGGAGCUCCACAUCCAUCCUGAUAACGACAUGGAGGAUGAAGACCACUCUGGGCUUGAUGGGGAGGAUUACAGUGAGGUGAUGAGGGAUCCAAAAGCCUCUGUGACAGUGUGUUACAACACACCGUCUACCAUACCCACAUGCAAGAAGGUGGAGUUCAUGGUUAAUGACGCAGCUCUUACGCAACAAAACCAGGCAAAGGUGUCCAUGGUGAUUACUGAGCCAUCUGGGGUUUCCUUCAGCACUAAAGUGUUUGUUUAUCCUCAUGAAUUACUACAUCUAAAACAAGAAGUUAUCGCUCCUUCUCUACAUAAAGUGUGUUCCCAGGAACUGAAGAAAUGUGUGAAUCAGUGUCGUGUGCCUGAUAUCAAUAUUUCAAUUCACGAAGAUAUGAAAUACGUGGAGCUGCUGUUCGAUGGCAACAAUAACAGCGUCCCCUCUGUGUGCGUCCAGUAUGAGCAGAACGGGACAUGUCAGAGUUGGAACAAGAAGAAAAUCCCACUCUAUUCUGUGACCCACUGCAUGUGUUUCCAGGCAUGGUAUGAUCAGAACUACGUGCGCGCUCGAAGAUGCCCCUUCAGAAACAAGGAUCUAUCCCACAGGAACGUGUGGGAGAACGUGUCAGUGUCUGUAAGCCAUGGUCACUCCAACCACUACGGCUCGAUGCUGCUGUGGAACAUAUCUGCCCCCUGCAGGCUGGAGGGUGAGGUGUGGCCCUGUCACAAAGAGAACAGCUGCAAGGAGAUGAAGGGCCUCAGAGAACAGCUGGCAAAUGACAGCUGGAGACAAAAUAGCAAAGGACUCUGGGAGAAAACAGGGGCGUUUGAAGACAUAAACCUUCAGCUCUCACCAUGUGUUAUGGUGAAAGUAAAAGGAAUGGGACGUGAGCUGGGUCCGUUCUGCUUUAAUAACACUGACAGGUGGCGCUGGAGUCUCCUGGUUGUCGGUGUUGUGCUGCUGGUUUUCUUGGCUGUGCUCUUAUUUUAUUUACAUCACGAAUUUGUCAAGAAAUGGGUGUGGAGCUGGCAUCAUGGCGGAUUUGUGAAGAUCAGCAGAAAGGGUCACGUGGUGCUGUUGAGCCCCCCAGAUUUGGAUGAUGGUCUUUCAGAUUCAGUUUGUCGACUCGGCUCUCUGCUCUGCAACAAAGGCUUCAAUGUAUCUGUGGACCAGUGGAGCAGGAAGGAGCAAUGCACUCUGGGGCCUCUGCUGUGGCUGCACUCAAAGCUACUGGAGCUGGACAGCCAGGGGAACCGAGUUGUGGUCGUUUUGAACCGCGAAGCCAUAGAGAGAACGGAGGAAUGGAUGCAUCAGUACGAGGAGGUUAUCAAGACAAAGGGGGAAGACAAGGGUCUCCCUCAGAUAUGUUCCCCUUACUCUGACCUGUUCACAGCCUCCCUGUGCAUCAUUCAUGCGGACAAGCAGCUGGGCAGGGCUGGAGAACGUUUUCUUCUGGUAAAAUUUGACUCUCAUCCGAGCAGUGACAGGAAUCUACCAGAGCUUCUUCAGGGGCUGCCUCUGUUCCAGCUUCCCUUUCAGACUCAGGCACUCCUAACUGAGCUAACUGUGGGACACACUGGGACAUCAGGUGGAAAGACAUGGACAUGGUGGAAAUGGGGCGGCUCAUAUGGAUGGAGUUCAAAGACUAAAGAGGGACAAAACCAGCAGAGGGCAUCACUAUAUAAAUACCUUGGAGUUGAGAAAAACUUGGAGACAAAACCCUUAAAGCACCCAUGAAGGACAAGUUCAUCCAAGUCAUGGAUGAACUAAAGAUCUGACAUUCUUUGGCAACAACCUAUGUUGUGGUUGUUGUCAACAAAUCCCAUUAAAAGACCCAAAUCAACAGUGGAUGAUUCUACCUCUCAGUACUUUCAAGGCCUGAUGUGUCCACAUACAGUGGCAAGAAAAAAUAUAUGAACCCUUAGGAAGGACCUGGUUUUAUGCAUUGAUUGGUCAGAAAGUGUGAUGUAAUCUUCCUCCAUCCUGUGUCUUUAAUGAAACCAGUCAUUAAACAUUCAUAGUGCUGGUGGAAACUCUGGACCAUUAUUUCUACAGAAUUGCUUCAGCUCAGCCGUCUUCUGUCUGGUGUCAACAUUUCUCUUUAGGUCAUUCCACAGCGGCUCUGACUGGCUUAAGGUCUGGACUCUGACCAGCAGCCACAGAACUGUUGUCUCCAUUAAUAGACAGUUUGUCUAACGGUGGACUGAGGAAUAUUUUUACUCUUUGACAUGACUUUGUAACCCGUUCCAGCUUUAUGCAAAUCAACAAUUCGUGUUCGUAAGUUUUCUAAGAAGUCUUUUUUUACAAGUCAAAGUAGCUGUAACCCACACCACCUCCAAUCUCCAAUUAGCUUUUGUUUAUGCCAUUAGCCGAAGGGUUCACAUACUUAUUCCAGCCUACACUGUGAAUGUUUGGUGUU